AUGGCAACACCAUCUCUUGGUUUGUCUAAAAUGGCUACGCCUAUGAGGCUCUUUGUGCGAAAGGUGCCAGAAAUAAAUUGUGCGAAGACGACCUUGUCAUCGGCGCGAAUGCUUUCGACCAGAUCGAUCUCUGCGCCGUCAGCAAGGUCGCACAUUGACUCAUUGUCCUUAAGUCUUCGAAACACCUUCAUCUCGGUCCCCAAACUUAUCUCUACUGCAAACUUAACGGUUCCCGCUUCAUCUAUUUUGGCCAUGGCGCAUGGUCGACAAAUGUCUAUGUUUUCGUCUUUGCGAUCACAGACACAUCGACCCGUUACCAAAUUCUCUCAAACCCAGCAAAGAUCUCUUUUCGGUGGCAGUAUGUCACACAAUCUACUCUCUCAUCUGGAAGAAACUGCCAACAAGAACCCGAAGAGUGCCACAGCUCAGAAUGCUUUCUAUCAAGCGCUUUUGAAGGCAAAUAUGCCUGCAAUCAUCGCCGACAGAUAUCAAACCGGCCAUUUCGCAUCGAACCCUACCUGUGAAAGUGCAUAUCACAGAGCUUUAGGUAUGCUAGGACAAAUGAACGGCGGCGGUAUGGUAACUCCUUCCGGACAAUCAGGAAAUCUCGGCAAUGCGCAAACGCAGGCUAUCGGUCAAGCAGUUGCUGCUCAUUCUCGGGGUGGUAACAUUGCUAUUUCUCGUGGUCAAGCGUCUGGCUCUGGCGACAAAAUCACUCCUAUGCACGUUAUUGUUGAUGAGAGUACAGGCAGCGCCGUCUUCAAAUGGGUUAAAUUCGGCCUCUACUUUGGACUUUUCACCUAUUUCAGUUUGGUUGUUGUUUCUAUAAUGAUUGAAACCUUCAAUAGCUUUGUUAGGGCGAGGCCAGGAGGAGCCAAAACCGAUAAUGAGGCCAAGGCUGAACACCAAAACGUUAGGUUUACUGAUGUGCAUGGCUGUGAUGAAGCAAAGGACGAACUUCAAGAACUCGUGGAUUUCUUGAAGAAUCCGGAGAAGUUUUCAACUCUCGGCGGAAAACUUCCAAAGGGUGUCCUGCUAGUUGGACCUCCUGGAACUGGUAAAACUUUGUUGGCUCGUGCCGUCGCCGGGGAGGCUGGUGUUCCAUUCUUCUUCAUGUCUGGUAGUGAAUUCGACGAGAUAUAUGUCGGCGUUGGUGCGAAACGAGUACGAGAGCUUUUCGCUUCCGCGAAAGGCAAAUCACCUGCCAUUAUCUUCAUCGACGAACUCGACGCUAUAGGAGGGAAACGAAAUUCUCGGGAUGCCGCGCAUACCAAACAAACUCUCAAUCAAUUACUUACUGAACUGGACGGAUUUGCACAGAACAAUGGCGUUAUCAUCCUAGCUGCUACCAAUUUUCCUGAAUUGCUGGACAAGGCCCUUACACGACCUGGUCGAUUUGACCGAAACAUCGUAGUGGGUCUACCGGAUGUUCGUGGCCGAUUGGCGAUCUUGAAGCAUCACAUGCAAAAGAUUAUUGCUUCAUCUGAUGUCAACGUCGAGACACUUGCUUCUGGUACACCAGGGUUUUCCGGAGCGGAACUCGAAAAUAUCAUCAAUCAAGCUGCUGUACAUGCUAGUAGAGCAAAGGCGAAAGCAGUAUCCAUGUUGGAUUUUGAAUGGGCCAAGGACAAGAUAAUGAUGGGCGCCGAGAAAAGGAGCAUGGUUAUUUCCCAGAAGGAAAAGGAGAUGACAGCUUAUCAUGAAGCAGGCCAUGCCCUCGUUCUUAUGUUUACCCCUGGAACAGAUCCAUUACAUAAGGUUACAAUCAUGCCUCGAGGUAAUGCUCUUGGUAUUACUUUCCACUUACCCGCAAUGGAUAAAUACUCUAUGUCCUUGGAUGAGUAUGAAAGUAGGAUCGAUGUCUGCAUGGGAGGUAAGGUGGCAGAAGAAAUUAAGUAUGGACCUAUGGGGGUCACUAGUGGUGUUUCUAGCGAUCUUAGUAGCGCGACGAGUCUUGCGUAUAACAUGGUAACUAGAUUUGGAAUGUCACCUCAGCUCGGCAAUGUAGAUUUGAUGACAAACUAUGAACAACUCUCUGCAGGAACGAAACUACUUGUCGAAUCUGAAGUUCGCCGUGUCAUUGAGGAGGCUCGUCUUCGUGCUGUCAAGCUCAUACAAUCCAAGCGCAACGAGUUGGAUCUCCUGGCCAAGGCCUUGAUGGACUACGAAACAUUAGAUAGAGAUGAAGCGUUUAAGGUUGUAAGAGGAGAGAAAUUGGAGGGCAGGGCAAUUCUUCCAUCGGGAAGUAUCAUCAAGGUGCCCGAAGGUAUGGCUACUAUACUGGCACCAAUUCCUGGAAGUGAACCCGUGGAUAAGGGACCAAAGGGACCACCAGGGGGAGGUGCUCUCGCAUAG